AUGAAUAAAAAUUCAUUUAAAAUUCCCAAUCAACCCUCUGGAUCUGGUACGAAAGAGGGGACCGAAGGUUUAAAGGCUAUUGAAGAAACCCUAAGUUCACCAUUGAAGAAAAUCGAAGAGAUGGAAGGACCACGUAAGCUCUGGGUGGACGUUCUUAGUGAGAAUCGAAACCCAAUGAAGCGUUUGUCAAUGCAAUAUGUUGCCCCUAGUAUGGUCAAUGGCGAGAUAGAAAUCGAAAUUGUUGAGGAGGAUAUCGUUUCUGAAGUGAAGUUUUGGGAAUAUGCUCUGAUACUUUACGCAUUGGGAGAAGAACUGAGUAUGACUAUGGUGAAGACGUUCAUGGUGAAGACUUGGAAUUUUGUCAAACUCUCGGAUAUGUACUAUCAUGAUGACGGCUAUUUCAUUCUCCGAUUCAGUUCGCAGGCAGAUAUGGAUGUUGUACUGAUGAAGGGGCCUUAUACUCUCAGAAAUAUCCCGAUGCUCCUAAAAGAAUGGAAACCUGGGAGUUUAAGCAAGAUUGGCAGUGUUAUAGGAGUACCAUUGGUCACGGAUGAAUGCACGACGAGCAAAUUGCGCGUAUCCUAUGCCCAAAUUCUGGUAGAGGUUGAUAUCACAAAGGCACUCACACAUGAAAUCUCCAUUAAAGAUUGCGAAGGAAGAAAACUAGCUCAGAAAGUGGAAUAUGAAUGGCGGCCCUUGUACUGUGAUCAAUGUCAGAAAAUUGGCCAUAAUUGCAAGACAAAGAGGAAGGAAAAGGAGAAACAAUGGAUACCGAAACCUAAACCUCUGGAGAAUCAGCUGGAGAAGGAAAGUAAGGUGGGUGUUCCUGAGGUUCAAAAACCAAAUCAUGAGAAUGAAGAGGUGGAAGAGACUUGGACUACAGUGGUUACCUCAAAGAGAGAAAAAGAAACGAGAGUUAAAAAAGAGAAAGCCGUUUUGAUUAGAAAUAAACUUGGUAUUUAUCAACAUUAUGUGGAUAACUACAAUCAUCAUGUAAAUGGAAGAAUUUGGAUCACUUGGGAUGAAAACAAGUAUAAUCUGCAGCUUGUUUCUAGUUCAGACCAGUAUGUUCAUUGUGGGGUAUAUGAUAAGAUGGGUAGUUUCAAGUUUUGGCUGACUGGUAUUUAUGCCCUGAACCAACUUGAUAAGAGAAAAGUCUUAUGGAAGAACAUGAUAACUCUUCACCAAUCUAUUAGAGGGCCUUGGUGUGCUAUGGGCGACUUUUAUAAUGUGGCAGGGGCACUAGACAGAAUCGGAGGGAACAUGGUUGUUGAAUCUGAGUAUAAAGAUUUCCAGGAUAUGAUGUCCAGUACAGGUUUGAGUGAAAUGGAUAGUGUAGGGGAUUUCUACACUUGGAAUAAUAAACAUGUUACAGGGGUUAUUUACUCUAGAAUUGAUAGGGUAUUGGGAAAUAUUGACUGGUUCCAAGCUAAUACUAAUACAAUUUUGAAGAUUCUCCCACCUAGUGUAUCAGAUCAUGCACUUUUGUGUGUUGAAGAUAAUAUAAAUAAAGGCAUCAGAUCUCGCAGGUUUAAGUUUUAUAACUAUCUGACUGAGCUACCUGGGUUUGAAGAGGUGGUUAAACAGAAUUGGUGUCAGCCCAUACAGGGGGAGCCCAUGUUUGUUCUCUGGAGGAAAUUACAAAGACUGAAACCUAACUUAACUAAGCUCAGCAGAAGUAGGUCCAGCAUAAAUGUGGAGCUUACCAAAGCCAGAAAAGAGCUGGAAGUAGCACUAGAAAGCUUGAUAUCUAACAGGAUGGAUGUUAUGGCCAUUGAUAAAGUUAAAAUGCUAACUGCUAAAGUGAUCGAAUGGAAUGAGCUAGAAGAGAGUAUGAUGCGGCAGAGAACCAAAAUUGAUUGGUUAAGAAUGCAGGAUGGCAAUAACGCCUACUUUUUUGCCACCUUAAAAACCAAGUCCCAGCAUAGAAAUCUGAAUGUUCUACACCAAAAUGAUGGUACUGUUUUGAAUGCUAAGGAUGAAAUCCAUCAGGAGGUAUUGAAGUAUUAUAGAAGUAUUAUGGGUACUAAAGUCCCAACACUCAAACAUGUGGACAUUGAUAUCUUGAGAAAGGGAAAGCAAAUUACAAGGGCUCAGGGUGACUGUCUUAUUGCACGAGUUACAGAGGAGGAAAUCCGGAUUGCUUUAAAAGGUAUUGGAGAUUUGAAAGCACCUGGCAUUGACGGAUAUGGAGCAAAAUUUUUCAAAUCCUGUUGGCAUUUUAUUAAGGAUGAUGUUGUGGCUGCAGCUCAGGUAUUCUUUGAAAAAUGCAUUCUCUUUCGGGCUUUUAAUGGCACUGUAGUCACUCUUAUCCCAAAGACCGAGCAAGCUAAAACAGUGAAAGAGUAUAGACCAAUUGAGGGUUGUACUACUUUCUACAAAAUCUUAUCAAAAGGUUAUACUAGAAAAGGUGGAACACCGAGAUGCAUGCUGCAAAUUGAUUUCCAGAAGGCAUACGAUAUGGUUGAUUGGGAUGCUCUUGAAUGUAUUCUUUACGAGAUCGGGAUGCCUAGAAAAUUUUUUAGCUGGAUCAUGUGUAUGCUUACAACUGUCAGUUACAUAUUUAAUGUGAAUGGAGAGUAUAUUGAUUUAUUGCAAGCAAGAAGGGGGCUUAGGCAAGGUGAUCCAAUUUCACCUCUGCUGUCUUUUAUAUGGACAGGAAAAGUAGAGGUGAGCCGUAAAAGCCUUGUGGAAUGGAAGAAAACUUGCAGCCCCAUACACCAAGGUGGACUGAACAUUAUCGAUUUGGAAGUUUGGAAUUCUGUUACCUUAUUGAAAUGUUUAUGGAACUUGUGCAAGAAGACCGAUGUAUUGUGGGUGAAAUGGGUACACGCUUACUACUUAAAGGGUAAUUUGGUGGAAUCUAUCAAUUGUCCAAACUCGUGCUCAUGGAUACUUAAGACUAUAUUCAACAAAAGAUCCCUUAUUCCUUUUAUUCAACAGCAUUGGAAUAACAUGCUCACCAAGGAUCGUUUUGUGAUGAAGGAAAUUUAUCUUAGACUUAUUGAUGAUCAAAAUAGAGUUGAGUGGUGA